ACCGCUUGCAGCCUCUCCAAGCCAUAUCGUAGCAGGCUUCUCCUCUCUAGAGCCGAAAUAGUCGGCAUCUUUAGUGGAAAUCGUUCAUACAAGUAAAACCAGUAAACCGUCGUGCGCCGCCCCAGCAGCAUCUGGUUCCUUCCUAGCUAGCCGCCAGCUCAAGAACAGGCGGCAUAAUUAAAUUCGAUCGACGAGCCGACGCGUUCGAUCUUCUUAUUUUGGAUUCGAUUCCGUUUGCGUUUCCUCUCCCCCCUCCCUCUCCUUGCGGCUGCGCAAUUCCGCUGGAGGUGGUCCAUUUUUAGCGCGGUGCCGGCCCGUCCGAUCCGAGGCCGGGAGGUUAUUGUUGGGGGAAGGAACGAGAGCAGCGGCGGAGCGCACCGCCAAACCCGCGCCCCCGCGUCUGCCGCGCGGAUCGAGGAGGAUCGAUGGCCGGGAGCAUGCAGGCGGCGGAGGCGGCGGGCCGGAUCAGCGCGCUGCUGUCGCUGCUGGCGCUGCGCCGGAUCCUCGCCGUGCUCCAGCCCUUGCUCCUGCUACUGCUCCUGCCCUUCCGAUGGCGGGCGCGGCGGGGGGACGCGGUGGCGUCCGCCGUGGCCGACGCCGUGUCGUCGUCCUCUUCGGCCGUGGCGAGCGGCAAGAAGGGGAAGGCGGCGGUGACGCUGCGGGUGCCGGCGGGUUCGCCCAUGGCCUGCGCGCGGAGGCAGGCCCUGGCUCGGCGCGAGGCCGCCGUGCGGCGCGCGAGGGAGGCCGGCCGGGAGUACGAGCUCAUCCCCACCGCGCGCGGCGAGACGCUCUUCACGCAGACCUGGUGGCCACACGCCUCCUCCUCCUCCUCCUCCACGGUCAAGCCAAGGGCGCUCGUUGUGGUCAUGCACGGGUUGAACGAGCACAGUGGGAGGUAUGAUCAUUUGGCGAGGCGGUUGAACGCCAUGGAUGUCAAGGUUUAUGGCAUGGACUGGACCGGUCAUGGUGGAAGUGAUGGUCUACAUGGAUAUGUGCAAUCUCUUGAUCAUGCUGUCCAUGACUUGAAAAUGUUUCUGAAGAAAGUCUCGGCCGAGAACCCUGGUGUUCCAUGCUUCUGCUUUGGGCACUCAACUGGUGGCGGCAUCAUCCUGAAGGCUGUGCUUGAUCCGGAGGUAGAUGUUCUUGUUCGUGGCAUCAUCUUGACAUCGCCAGCUGUCCGUGUUCAACCUGCGCACCCCGUCGUAGCGGUCCUGGCUCCGGUGCUCGCCCUCGUAGCACCGAGGUACCAGUUCGCGGGCUCGCACAAGAAAGGCCCGCCGGUGUCGCGCGACAGGGAAGCCCUGAGGGUGAAGUACUCGGACCCGCUGGUGUUCACCGGCUCGAUCCGCGUGAGGACCGGAUACGAGAUCCUGCGGCUGACGUCGUUCCUGCAGCAGCAGCUGCGCAGGGUGACCGUGCCGCUGCUGGUGAUGCACGGCGCCGACGACAUGGUGACCGACCCGGACGGCUCGCGGCGGCUCCACCGGGAGGCCUCGUCGGUCGACAAGUCCAUCCGGCUCUACGAUGGGCUGCUCCACGACCUACUCAUCGAGCCCGAGAAGGAGCAGAUCAUGGGCGACAUCGUCGACUGGCUGCGCCCGAGGAUCUGACGAUCGGCAGAGGGGGUUUUGAGCUCGGUGAUGACGCGGUUUUGAUCGUGUGCCUGCGCAGCAGAGUGGAGGACGGCGGCGAGGGGAGGAUGAGCAUCCUCCUCUUGCCGGCGACUCCCGGCGGUGGCAAAGGCAAUGCGAGCGCGGGAAGCCGGGAAGCUUUUAGUAUUUACUGCUAACUACGUGUGGUCAAGUGCUUGGUGGAUGGAUGGAUGACGGGGUCGCGGCUGAAUUUUGCUCUGCUCUCCCAGUGUGUCCCGGCCGAGAUAUAUUUUUGUCCGUUUUAGGGGGAUCUUCAAGUGUUCGUUCCUGCCUGUCGCCCUGCGUGGUGCACAAUAAUGUACUCCGUACCAAUCUUUAUGGAACGGAGGGAUUACCAGCAGCAGACGCCUCGUCCCUGCCACUUUACGAGAGGGGACGUUUUCUGCGUCGCGAUUCAAAGUCAGAAUCUGCGGCAGAAUCGAUAUUUUCCCCCCUUCAGUUGCCUGCCUACUCUCUGAAGUCUCUCUGUCUUCCCUUCCUGCCGUGCAUUCUGUGCUUCAGGCUCUCAGCUUGCGAGCAUGGUCGUUGUCAGUCAUAAUUUAUUCUAUGCGCCGGUUUCCGUCGCAUCAGCCUUUUUAGUUU